GAAUUCCUUCUUUGAAUUCUUCAUCUUCAAUAGCCACAUAACCUUUUAUUAUUCGAUUUCACUCUUUUUUCUCUUCAUUCAGAACCCCUCUAUUCUAUCUUUGAUUUCCCUAACUCGAUUCCACUCUUUUUCAAUUUCCUUUUCAGAUCUCUGCUUGGAAUCAUAGAGGAAGAAACGAACCAAAAAACAAAAUGUUGUGGAAUAGGUUCGCCCCGUCAAAAGUAAGCUUUCUUGGUUGACACUUUUUGUUGGACCGUUUGCUGAUAGAAGAAAAUCUUAUGAGCAGAGGUUUUCCCAAAUCCUCUGCCUUUCCUUCAUGUUGUUACAGUUUCGAGUCCAAAGCUCCUCACCUUCUCAAUCUUCUCCCGAUUCAUCACCACAUUUGUGCCGUCCUGAAGAGCGUUCUGCUUUGCUUGAUUUCAAAAGCACUGCUAAUUUGGUGGAACACUGCCCUUGGAGUGCUACUCCUUGUCCUAAAACACAAACUUGGAAUGAGAGUAAAGACUGCUGCUUGUGGGAGGGCAUCACAUGCGACAAGGUGAAAGGUCACGUGAUUGGCCUUGAUCUUAGCAGUAAUUGUCUUGAAGCCAAUCUAACUACAAAUAGUAGUCUCUUCCGCCUUGAGAAAUUGCAGAGUCUCAACCUUUCUCACAAUUGUUUUCAUUAUCCUAACAUCUCAUUUGGGUUCGACCGUUGGAAGAGUUUAACAUAUCUUAAUCUUUCAGAGUCAGUAUGCAUGGAUGGCUCUCUCCUGUUUGAUGAGAUCUCCUUGUUACCUAAAUUGGUUUCACUCGAUCUCUCUGAUAAUGAUGGUUUGUAUCUUGACAACAUAAAGUUUCAAAUGCUUGUGCAUAACUUAAUAGAGUUAAGGUUUCUUAUCCUCGAUUAUGUAGAUAUGUCUCUGGUUGUGCCUUCUUCCUUGCUAAACUUGACUUCUUCCUUGGAGCAUUUGAGCCUUAGAGGUUGCAGUUUGCAAGGAAACUUUUCAAGCCAAGUUUUUCGGCUAACGAAAUUGGUUUCACUUGAUCUCUCUCAUAAUGAUGAGUUAAGGUUUCUUAUCCUUGAUUCUGUGAAUAUGUCUCUGGUUGUGCCUUCUUCCUUUCUAAACUUGACUUCUUCCUUGGAGCAUUUGAGCCUUCACAACUGUAAUUUGCAAGGAAACUUUCCCAGCCAAGUUUUUCAGCUAACGAAAUUGGUUUCACUUGAUCUCUCCCUUAAUGAUGGUUUGCUUCUUGAUAACAUAAAGUUUCAAAUGCUUGUGCAUAACUUAACAGAAUUAAGGUUUCUUAUCCUUGAUUUUGUGAAUAUGGCUUUGGUUGUGCCUUCUUCCUUGCUAAACUUGACUUCUUCCUUGGAGCAUUUGAGGUUUAGCAAUUGUAAUUUGCAAGGAAACUUUCCAAACCGAGUUUUUCAGCUUCCAUCUCUCCAGGUUCUUGAUUUAAGCUCCAACUCUCAUUUAGGAGGAGAGUUGCCUCAUUCAAUCGGAAAUCUUAAAUUCCUAAAGGAAUUGAAUCUUCAUAGCUGCCAAUUUUAUGGAUCAAUUCCUAGAUCUCUUGCAAAUCUUACAGAGAUAACUCAACUAGAUUUUUCUUCCAACCAUUUGCGAGGGCAAAUACCAGAUGUUUUUGGAAAAAUGCACAAGCUAAGUAAUUUGAGCUUAGAUGCAAACAAUUUUGGUGGUGAAAUUCCUGCAUCAAUCUUCAAUCUCACCCAUCUUACUUUUUUGUCACUAUCAUCAAAUAAGCUAUUAGGUCGUGUACCAUCUUGGUUGUUUUCUCUGCCUUCUUUAUACCAUUUAGACCUUUCAAACAAUUGCCUUACCAGACCUAUUGAUCAUGUUGAGAUGCCCAAUCUCAUUUUACAAGAAGUCUAUUUGUCCAAUAAUGAGAUAAGUGGUUCAAUUCCUAGCUUCUUCUUUGAUCUUGUGUAUCUUACUAGUGUAGACCUUUCUUCAAAUAACUUAACUGGCAUCAUUACACCCGACAUGCUUUCGAAGCUUGUAAUCCUUGAGGAUCUUGAUCUUUCCAAUAAUAGUUUGCUGUCUUUGAGCAAUAAUGGUACUGCUGUCAAUUAUUCCUUUCUUCCGAGCCUCCGGUCUUUAAAAUUCUCUUCUUGCAACAUACACAAGUUCCCAAGUUUCUUAAGGAAGGUAGAGAGUUUGCAAAUAUUAGAUAUUUCCAAGAACAACAUUUCUGGUCAAAUUCACAAAUGGGAAAUAGAAGGGAUGUCGUCAUUGCACUAUUUAAACCUUUCUUAUAACUUCUUGACUGGUAUAGAUUUAUUUGGUUUUGGAAAUCUUGAAACUGUUGACCUCAGAUCUAACAUACUACAAGGAUCACUUCCCAUCCUCUCAACAACUUGGGAUUCUAUGCAACAACUCUUCAUGUCAGGGAAUAAUUUGACUAGUGUAAUCCCUUCUUCUUAUUGCAAUUUGACUUCUCUUGAAGUUCUAGAUUUAGCUAAUAAUUGUUUGGGAGGAAAAAUUCCAGAAUGUCUUGAAAACUUAAGUGAUCUCUCUGUCUUGGAUUUGCGGAUGAAUAAGUUUCAUGGUAUAAUACCAAAUUUUUUUGUCAAUGGGAGUAGACUGAGAACUCUUAACCUAAAUGGCAACCAGUUGGAAGGGAGACUGCCAUUAUCUUUGGGAAAUUGCAGUGACUUGGAAGUUCUAGAUGUUGGGUACAACUCCUUGAAUGAUACCUUUCCAUAUUGGUUAGGUGUUCUUCCGUGGCUAAAAGUUCUAAUCCUUCGAUCUAAUCGAUUUCAUGGUGCCAUCAGCAACUCUAUGCCUGCAUUUUACUUCCCUCAGUUGAGAAUAAUUGAUGUCGCACAAAAUGAUUUUAUGGGUCUCCUACCAAGUAAUUAUUUCAAAAUUUUGAAAGGUAUGAGAGAUGUAGCUCCAGCUGAUAAAGCCAAAUUGGAAUACAUUGGUGAUAAUAUGCAAGCUGUUGAACUCAAAGCAAAAUCCAUUUCUUAUGGGUCGCUAAGAUCUGAUACCUCUCCUCUAAGUCGUCGUGGUGCCUCAUUUUCUCCUCUUACUUAUAAGUUUUCUGUGAAGGUAGUAAUAAAAGGGUCAGAGAGGGAGCUUGUAAGGAUCUUGAGAAUUUUCACAACUAUAGAUUUCUCGAGCAAUCAAUUUCAUGGACCGAUUCCUGACGAGCUGGGAGAACUCAAUGCACUUUUAUUGCUAAACUUAUCUCACAAUAGUCUCAAUGGUCAAAUCCCGUCAUCAUUGGGGAAAUUAGCAGAACUGGAGUCGUUAGAUCUCUCAUCAAACAAGCUUGAAGGCAGGAUUCCAGAGCAAUUGACAAAGCUAACGUUCCUAUCAGUUUUGAAUCUUUCACACAAUGAACUUGUGGGCCACAUACCUGAAGGGAAGCAGUUCAGUACUUUCUCAAAUGAUUCCUAUGUUGGGAACUCUGGGUUGUGUGGAUUCCCGUUGACAAAGAAAUGCGAACCACCAAGACCACCUUCACCACAAGUUGAUGAAGAAGAUGACUCUCCAGCAGUCUUUGAGUGGAAGUUUGCAUUGGCAAGCUAUGGGUGUGGACUGGUGUUGGGACUUAGUCUGGGAUACAUUGCCUUCACUAUAGGAAAACCAUGGUGUCCUUAUUUUGAUGAUUGCCAGAAGCUCUUCAUGACUCCGCCACAAGCUUCCUCUUAUGUCAAUCCACUUUAUGAUGAGAAGGCAACAGCUGACAGUGAGCCUUUCAAAUCACUUUUUGAAAGGAUAGCUGAUUUUGCUGAGGAAUCUAAAAGGCUUCAUGAGGAACGCAUGAAAAGGUUGGAGGAAAAUUUGAAAGUAUACAAAUCAAAUCUUCCAGAACUUAAAACCCCUCAACCCAAAAGUGAGGUUUUAAUGGAGGAUUCAAAGAAGUGCCAUGCAGCCGCGUCUCCAGGAACUUUGAAGCAGUUUUGCAAAUCGCAAAACGUGAUAGAGAUGCCAAUUGUAAAUGAAGGUCAGACGACACUGAGGUCAGAGAGUAACCCCAUGAUCAUGCUCGGGGGGCAUGAAUCACAAUUACAGCAUGCUGUCCAAAGUCAACAACGCCAUGCAGCUUUGGAGGCGACUUCAACAAGUAUGCCUCCAAGUCAUUCUAAGUCUGCAAAGACUAAUACUAGCAAUAGUCCUCUUACUCCUGGGAGGCAUAAACUAACUCAGGUGCAGACAUGUCAGCCAUCAAUCAAUGAAGGUCCAUCUGAUGGCCGACAAAAAGUUGAUGCUACGACACAAAAGCCAACACUUUGGCCAGCAUCAAGACAUAAAUCUGAUAAGGUAUCCACCUCAUCUAUUUCUACUUCUUUUGAGACUAAUGAGCAUAUUUCUUCAGCCUUGCUUAAGAAGUGUUCGCGGCGACCAUGCUUUCUUAAUGGUCGAAGCCCUUCCAAGUUCAAUUAUGGACAAUGGCUGAAGGUGAAAUAUCCUUUUAAAGUCGUUAGUCUGAAGAGGGGAGUCAUUUCCAAUCUCGGGGGGCAACCUAGUCAGAUUGAACAACAAAGGUUGGAAAACCUUAUUGCCAAUGAAGUUCACAAAGCUAUAGAAAAAGAGGCAGCAAGGUUUAUGCCGUUGCAGCCAGAUGUCAAUUCAAGCAUCCAAUCAAUGCCGCCACAGCAAAAGCAUGUUUGCAAGCCUAGACUACCUCAGCAGUUUAUAGACUCAUUGCCCAAGGCCACUCAGGUGGCAUGUAGGCCACCAUGUUGUCUAACAUGCCGUAGGCCAUAUUCAAAAAAUAAUGAUUAUUUCCAAAGUGGCUUUCAUAAGAAAUUUUCAGAUUUUCCUUGCAGCCACAAGGAUAACAUGGGAGGCGACAUAAGAAACACCAUGCCUUCGCAUCUACCAAGUCGAAAAAGGAGGAAGAAAUCUAAAGACCUCUGUUGGACACCAAUGAAGGAACAAAAGCAACAAACCCAUGUCUCUGAGUGGAGGCACGGGGGGCAUGAUCUCAGUAUACUUCAGAUUUCAGUGAUGGUUAUAAGGAACAAAUUCUCAGUUUUGGGACCAGACACCCAAGAGGAAAGGCUCAGAAGACCUGGAAACUUCUUAUUGGAGAUUGCCAUAUCAGUUAUGGAUGUUAAAAUGCAUGGUUUGUGUGUUGAUGCUGCUAUCACUGGCAUAAUGACUCCUCCAUUAGCAGAGCUCCAGGUGAUUCCUUAUAUAAUUGCCCUGCCACUUGCAAAUGGAUUCUAUAGAAGUUCUUCAAAUGGUCUAAAAGGUUUUGAGUAAUUGUUGGGUACAUGAUUUCCAAAAUAGUUUAAGCAUAGAAACUAUAUGUAUUCUUACAGUCAGUACAUCCAAAGUUUAUCUGUUGGUUUAUUCUUUGUUGGCUGGCCUGAUCCGACCUGACUUCAAGAUCCGACACCAGAUUUUAAUACACAGAUGACAAUGGUAUAUCCUGCAGGCAUCCUAAACUUCUGUUGAACAAAGAGAGGCAUCUUAA